AUGGUGGUGGCGAAUCCGUUGGCGAAUAUAACGCAAGAUAAUAACUCUACUGUGUUUGAAGAUGCUGUUAAUUAUUCAUUUGUGUUACCAAAUAACAAACCAGGAUCAUCACAAUCAACUAAUUCAACAUCAACAUAUAAUCAACCAUUAAAGAAAUUACCUACCAAUUCAUUGAGUGAUGUUCAAUACAAGAGAACCAUACCGAGAGAUAACCUCUAUGAUGUUUUACAUAAGGAGAUUCCUACCGCUAAUACGAUAAAUCCAACUAUAGUUCAAGGUAUGGACAAGAACGGUUUAGAUGAUGUUACCGAUGAUGCUGUGUUAAGAUUAUACAGAAGCAGAUUAGGAUUUCAAAAAGAUAAAAGAUUGGAAUCAUCAUUGAAUGCUACAAAUUCUGUUUCGAAGAGUAAGCUGAAGAGUGAACCAAUAUACUACAAGCCUCCAUCAUCAAAUUUUAAAGAUAAUCAAUAUGGUAUAAAAUCAUUCUUACCUCCUAAUGUUCAACUUCGAGGUAAUUCUGAAGAUGAAGAAACUAAUAAGAAGAAUAAAAUACCACUUAUAUUUUCCAAAGCUAUGUUAAAAUCGAAUUCCAAUUCCAACACAACUCCAAAUGUGAGUCAAUUAUGGAAAUCAAUUCAACAAGAUUCUAAACUUCAAAACAAGAACGUUGAUGAAGAUGAACUUGAUGAUAAUGAUGUAUUUAACAGUAAUAGAAGUGCUACUGGAGAAUGGAUGAACCCGAUUGUUAAACAAGCUUUAGCAAGACAAAUUAAUAAAGAAUAUGAACUUAAAAAAUGUAUGAAAUUCAUAUUGGCUAUUAUAGCAUUUGCAUUAAUCAAAUCCUUGGUGUUAAGAAUGUAUAUCUUAUUUCAAUUGAAACAAAUCAAAUUAAAAGUUGAAUAUAAACUUCAUAGUGCAAGGAUUUUAGCUAUUAAUGAUAAUGUUUAUAUCAUAUUAUUUUCAAGAUUAAUUAUUGGAAUAUUUUUUAUUAAUAUCUUAAUUUCAUUGAUUAAUUUAUUUAGAGACCAAGAUCAGUGUUAUGAUUUACCAUUAAGUGAUGAACAAAGAGCUUUAAUUGGAUUAAAAGUUAAGAAUGAUGAUAGUAAACUUGAAAUUGAACGAGAAGUUGAAGGAUUAACUGAACAAGAUAUAAGUGGUGAACAAGAAGAUUUGAAAGCUGAAUUAAUCUUACAACAAAGACAAUAUGAAUUAAAGCAUAAUAAUAAUCAACAAAUCAAUAAUAUUAUAAAUUUACCAAGAUAUAAUAAAUUGAAUGGAUAUAAUGAUGAUUAUUUUACUUCAAGUAUUGAAAACGAGCCGAUUACAUUGGAUAAAAGUCUCCCAAUAACAACUACAUCCACAAACUCAAAUAUUAAUCUAAACGCCACCGCAACUACAGCAACAACGCCUAAUACGCAAUCAAUAUAUCCGAUUAGAUCGAUGUUAGCAGCAAUUGAUAAUACAUCCCUUUCUAAUACUAAAAUUGCUAAUUCUCAAGUAUUAACAAAUAGGAAAUUAUCAUUUGUGACAACGGUUACUCAUCCCAAGCAUAAUGAAGAAGAAAUACGGGCCGAAUUACUGAAAUUUAAGAAGAACUUCAAUCUUGAGUUUAACUUCAAUGAGGAUACUUAA